AUGGCGACCGAAGAGCCUCAGAGGCUAGCGUCAGAUCACAAGCCUACUAGUCCUACACCCAUUGAAGAGAUGGCGGUUGGUGAGCCUGUCACAAGGCCUGUCAAUGGACAUGCGAAGUCAGAAGAAGUCCCAACCCAGUCCAUCGACACGCCUCUUGUGAAUGGCGAGACCAAAUCACCGAACCCGACAUCAGAGAACGCGAAGGGCCUACAGAAUCAACAGGCAUUUGCAGCGAACAGCAAUCUGCCUGAACAGACCUCAACCCAGCCAUUAUCGGAUGCGCCAACUGGGGACGACAGUGAGAUGGUUGACGUUAAUGGGGCUUCGACAAUUGAGAAGGCUCCAUCAGUGUCUGCAGAACUCAGCAACGAGGUAUCUGGCGAAUCUGUGCCUGAUGCCGUAAAGUCGACCCCAGAUACGUCUGCCACCAAGGAAGAGCCUAGCGAGACCCUGCCAGUCUCUGUGGCGCCUACAGAUUCGAUGGACGUCGAUGCCUCGGUCGAGCUUCCGGAUGUAACCUCCAGUGCCGAACGCGGCGAAAGCACGCAGGACACAUUUGCUGCGGGCGACGGGCAAAGCGCUACAUCUCCCAAAGCCUCGAGCCAACAACCUGCCGACCUCUCCAAACUCGAUAUCAAGGCCAAUGAAGAGACUGCGCCUACGGAAACUGACGUCUCCAUGGCUGACCGUCCUGCUUCUCCCACUAAGAAUGCCCGUGAACGCGAAGACGAUGAUCCCGAGGAACGUGCUGCAAAGCGAGCAAAGACCGAGGAGCCGACUGAAAAGGUAGCCGAUUCACUAGUUGUUGCGAGUGGUUUCUCCCCAGCUCAGCCAACAGCAGCGGCACAAUCCUCUGAAGCUACCGUUCCGGACAGCCAGGUCAUCACGUUGUUUCAAAGCAAGCAAUUGAGGCAGGGAUUAGCCACCAUUAAGAAGACCAAAAACGGUGCCAAUUUCCGACAGUCGGUGGAGAGGCUGUGGCCCACCCUGUGGAACGAUUACAAGGCGAGAGUUGACACACCUGUCGACAUCUCCCUAUUUGAGUCCAAGCUCCGCGAAGACAAGUACGCAAACUAUGGGGAUUUCAAAGCGGACGUUCAGAAGCUAUAUGAGAAUGCGCUUGCUUUCAACGGCCCGGACCAUCAGGUUACCAACGCCGCAGCUAGUGUGCGGGACCAGAUCUUCCUUCGCUUGCCAGGCGUUGCCAGGUCUCAAGAGCCCUCGAAACCCGAGAAAGGAAAGGCUCAAUCCACUCGGCACGCAGAGCCUCGGGGGGUGGCUCGCCCUAGACAGCCGUCACAACCUCGGGCUCUUGCGACGGCAACGAGCCCCAAGCCGAAACCGGAGGCUCCUGUGCAGACUGCGCCUCCUGCGGCAGCUUCUACCACAUCACCGGCUUUUGCGGUUCCGCCUAGUGGCAUACCUCAGAUUCGACGCGAUUCGACGCGUGGAGAUAGUGAUAGACCGAAGCGGCCCAUCCAUCCGCCCAAAAGUCGCGACCUGGACUACUCCUCCAAACCGAAUAGCAAGAAAAAGUUGGAACCUGAGCAGCGCUUUUUCAAGGAGGUUUUGGAAGAGUUGAAGAAGCCCAAGUACGCUACAUUGACUGUUUGGUUCAAUGAGCCGGUCGACCCCGUCGCAUUGGACAUUCCAAGCUAUUUCAAAGUCAUCAAGAAGCCAAUGGAUCUCGGUACCAUGUAUCAGAAAACUGUCAAUGGCGAAUACAAAACUUCGAGGGAUCUUGAGAAAGACAUGAAGCUGAUGGCGAGCAACGCUGAAACAUUCAACGGAUCGGACCACCUAGCUUCGGUGUCGGGGAAGGAGUUAGUGUCCAUUCUCAAACAGGAGCUUGCCCAGAAGGACAGGUGGAUGGAGAAGCACACUCGACAUGAGGCAGCUUCAACGACUAAUGCAACGGCCCAUAGUCCGGACCGGAGUCUGGUCGAAUCUGAGGAAGAAAGUGAAGCUGAAGCCGACGAAGAUGACGGCAAUGAAGCAAUUCGCAAUCUUCAAGAACGGAUGAAGGAGGAACAGGUCAAACUCGACGUCUUGCUGGGUUCUAAAAAGCCGGAUUUGAUGAUGAUCGAGAUACAGCAAUCAAUGGUCACCAUGAUCCAACGGAAGCUUGUUGAAGAAAAGACCAAGUUCAACAGCGAGGACAGGAAGCCAAAAGCAAAGAAGAAGAACAGCAACGCAAAGAGCAAACCCAAGCCUGGGGCCAGUGGAGCAGCAGGUGGCGUCAGCAAGAAAUUGUCGUCGAACAACGCAGCAGCUUCGAAGAAAGCCCCCAGCAACCAUAAGAAGGCAGCUCCAAAGAAGCGUGUCAUUGGACCGCUGGAGAAGGCAGUGAUUGCCGAUGGUAUUAACGAGCUUGACGGCAUGCUUCUCACCAAGGCUGUCGAGCUCAUAAAGCGUGAUACUGGUCAGAAUGAGAACGACGAUGGCGAAAUGGAACUGGACAUAGAUGCUCUCAGUUCCGACGCGCUCGUAAAACUCUAUGACCUAAUUCACAAGGCGAUGCCGUCUAUCCGAGCUGAAGUAGAGCAGAGACCUGAGUACGCUACUGCCGUGGCUCCUGAUCCCGAACCCAAGGCAAAGGCCAGCGCUCUACCCAAGUCCAAGAAGAACAAGCCCAUGAACAAGCAUGAGCAAGAACGAAAGAUAGAGCAGCUCCGUGAACUGAAGGCUCAGCUGCAACGACAUGGUAGUGGCAGCCAGGAGCCGAUGCCGGCCGAUGCUGAGGAUCCCCCGGCAGCGGAGACCAGUGAGGAGAGUGAUUCCGAGGAGGAGUGA